GAGAUGGACCCCGUCAUCUUCAUCAUCCCGCAACAGGGCAUCGAAGCGUAGCAGAAUCCCGUGAACCCACCGGUGGGACUUUUGUUCAUCCUCUGAGGCUGUUACCUAGUUAUAUCCCCGAUCUCCGUUCUCUCUUCCAUCCUGUCUUCUUUCCGCUGUUCUUUCUUUUCUUUUACUUUUCUUUUCAAGUUCCGACUUUGCAUCUUCACCCUUUCACCUGCUUGCCCAUCGAGCAGAAGCGCUGCACCCCAUCUGCAGCAACAGAACCUUCGUCCAAGCUCAUACACCCACCAAGAACCCCUUGCCAUCCGCAGUGCUUGCAGUGAGUGCAUAGAGAUAGAUCGAGCUAGAUACAUCUUCCUGCCCAUCUGCAAGACAAGCAUCCAAGCCACGCUCCACUGUACGCAUACUCAUCGACGUGUGUUGAGCAAACCAUCGCAUGUGAUCAUUCACUUUGUUCGCCUGCCAAGACUAGUCGCUAUAAAGUCAACUAGUUGCAACCCUUGCUGAGAGUCCAACUUCUCUUGGAGAGUGCUACAAGCAAAGCUUUGGACCCCCGCAUCAAACACUUAUUACAACCUUGCCUUCACAAUCUCAUUACCACAACAACAAUACCUACCAUGGCCAUCGCAGCAAUGGCUCCUCCUAGUAUCGCCUCUCCGGAUAUUGAGAGCCUCGUGAGGCCUGUCCUCUCCGCCCUGCCAGGAGCGUCUGCGUCGACCGAGCCAGCUACAACAGUACUGCCCCUUCUUUCGCCCAUUCUUAGACAGCGAGUACAGCUUCUUUCCGGCGCCAGCUCAGAUCCAUGGAUCCGUCUUCUUACCUAUGACACUUCGAAGGUCUCCAGACUCACCGAGAUCGCCCAAAGCGGUAGCCUGGAUCCCCAUCCGGUAUCGGGAGAAGUGGAGAUAGAUUGGGAUUACGACGUCCACAUCAAGUACAGGAGACCUGACCCCGAGACACUUCAGACCCUCGUGGUGUUGGGAGAGUUCGACCUGUUCAUUCGUCUUGUGUACUGCGUCAACGACAAAGACGGUGGCGGCGACGGAUGGCGUGUGGGCGAGGUCGGUGUAGCCAGCAAUCCAUCUCCCCUCGAAUCCUUCCAGGGUCAUGCUACACUCGAUGAAGCAGAGAAGGCGUUCAAGGCCCAACAAAUCUCUGUGCCAGAAACCAAACCAGUUGCCCAAGUAUCCGUCCAAGCUGAACCGGUUGAAGAGGAUGACGACGAUGAUUACUGGGGCCGAUACGAUGCCACGCCUUCCCAAACUCCCGGUCAAGGCCGCUCUCCUGCGCCGCCGUCCUUGGGCGCCGGCCUCAACACUCAAAAACCCCAUCCCUUUGAGCGUAGUCCGUCCGCCGAAGAUGCGUACUUCGCCCAAUACGAAUCCGUACAGCCAGCCAUGGACCCCCAUGAUCCAGACGAGGAGGCCUUCCAGGGCGGAGCUGUGGGGGGUGGUGCACCGCUUAAUGGUCUCCCCCUUCGCAGGUCUCCGUCGCCAAGACAACAGGCAUAUGAGCCGCCUGUCAUCAAGUCCGCACCAGCGCCGCCGCCAUUGGGCCUAAACGGAGACGGCAACGGCGGUUACGUUCCAUCCCGAUCACCCUCUGAUAAGUCCGGUUCUGACUCAAGUGGCCGGCGCAUGUCCCAGGCGGACGAGGAGAGGAUGGAAAGCCUUGCUCAUCCGCGCCCAGCCAGUAGCGCCAGCUCAAACGGAUCCCGCAUGGUGGCCAAGCUCGAAGAAACGGCGGAAGCGCAAGAUCGAGUCGAGUUUGGAGUUAAGCAGCACGUCUCAAGGACGAUUCGAAGUCUAUUCCAGCUGUCACGCGGCGCUGGCAUCAGUCGUGAAGAGUUCGAGCGGAUGGUCAGGAACGAGCUUGAUGUUCUUGCGAUGGUGGAGGACGACGUUUGAAUGACCAGGGAAGGAAGGGAAAUUGAUUCAAAGGGGGUGUCGGUGUUCACUGUUUAUAUUCCUCAUUCUGUUCGGGAUACUGCAUCAUCGGGUCGUUUUUGGCGUCAAGUAGUACUGGUGGGGGAAGUCCGGUGAGGGCGUCCAGUUCGCCUCGUGAUUAUUGUUAGUUGUUCGGACUUCGAGCAACGGCGUCCACGGAAUUAUUUUACAAUAGCGUUACAGAAUAUCGGUCAAAGUACGAUAAUGAACAUAGCACAUACACGAGCAAAGUAGAGAAAGAUGCCC